AAAAGCGGAGCACCUCCACUCCUCUCGAGGUCUGGAGACCCCUGAACGCGUCUCUCAGUGUCGGGAUGGACUUCGUGCUGAGCGGAGCGGCGGCCUGCGGAGCCUGCCUGUUCACCAACCCGCUGGAGGUGGUGAAGACCCGGAUGCAGCUGCAGGGAGAGCUGCAGAGCCGCGGCUCGUACCGGGUCCACUACCGCAACGUGUUCCACGCCUUCUACACCAUCGGGAAGGUGGACGGAUUGGCCGCGCUGCAGAGGGGGCUGGCUCCGGGGCUGCUCUACCAGUUCUGUAUGAACGGAGUCCGGCUCGGAUCCUUCUCCGUCAUCGAGUCCUCCGGAUACAUCCACACCGACGGCCGGGUCAGCGCGGCCAAGACCACCGCGGCCGGGGCCGGGGCCGGGGUGGUGGGGGCCGUGAUGGGGAGUCCCAUCUACCUGAUAAAGACUCACAUGCAGAGUCAGUCUACCUCCUCUAUUGCAGUUGGACAUCAGUAUAAUCACAAGGGGAUGAUCCCCGCUCUGACAGCCAUCUACAAGCAGCACGGCAUUCUGGGACUGUGGAGGGGCUCUAGUGCCGCUGUACCAAGGGUCAGCGUGGGGUCGGCUGCACAACUCUCCACCUUCUCCUCCUCCAAGGAGCUCGUGAUUGACUUAGAGGUGUUCCCAAAGGACAGCUGGUUGGUGGCCCUGAGCGCCGGCAUGAUCAGCAGCGUGGUGGUGGUGAUGGCUAUGACACCUUUUGAUGUGGUGAGCACACGGCUCUACAACCAGCCCGUGGAUCAUUUGGGCAAGGGACAGCUCUAUAAAGGAUUCGCCGACUGCUUCUCUCAGACGCUGAGGAAGGAGGGCUUUAUGGGACUCUACAAAGGAUUGGGAGCCUCUUAUUUCCGGAUCGGACCACACACCAUCCUGAGCUUGUUGUUCUGGGAUGAACUACGCAAGCUGUACCAGCAAUUCAGAUAACACCGGCAGAAAAUGGGUAACUCAUUAAGAGCUGUGAGUGCUCUGAGGGCUAAAUGAGUCCCCAUUUAAUGAGGUUAAAGAAAAAACAGGAGAUGAGAAAGAGGAAGGGCAAAGGUGACAUUAUACACUCCAAUAGUAGAAGAAACUUAAUAUGUCCACAGGUAUGAUGAUAACCUACAUAGGAUAAUGCAAUAGACCUCAUAUACUGUACGUCAAACAUCACAGCUCUUUUAUAAAUCAUAAACACGUCCGUUAUGCCGUUCCAAAAGAUAUCAAAGAAUCAGGACACACCGGACACGACUCUGACCCUUCAGGAGAAAGAAAGCAUCAAACCCUGUACCAACAUUACCAGCUCUUUUAAUACGUAAUGAUUGGUGCAAAUAGGGCAGGUGGCAGCUGAAGUUAACCCAGGUUAUAGUCUAAACCGGUGUAUUCAAAAAGGGUCAUGACGCGGUGGAACGAAGCAUGCAACGUGUUUUUAAAGAGACUACUGCCGUUAAAGUGAGACAAAUAGAAAAGCAUUCACCUGUUUUAUGACAUAAUGCAGCAUAGAAACGAGUCUCUAAGGUAACAAUGAGAACAUUUUAACUCACCACACUGGCAGUAAACAGGAUCCACUAGAUACGACUACCUCAACGCUCUUUAGGAUUUUAUUUCUGCACAUUAAUAGUUUGUAACUUUUGAGCCAGCAGACGGACAUCCAGUUUGGUGCAUCUUCAUCGUCAGCAUUGCUUUAUGCAUGUUUAUUUUUAAAGGGAUAGAAUAUAAUAAAUACAAUUGUUACUGAACAGAUUAUCAGAUUAGAGUCAUUAUAUUAUUAUUAUAUACACCUUCGUCUGGUCAGCUAACAUUACUGCCAAGCUCCUUCAUGUCUAUGUAGAGCGAGCACAAGCGCCAGCAACAGGACGCUGACUUUAGUUUACUUAACGGACACAGGUGAAGCUGUUAACAAGACAUUAUGAUUCUUACAAACGGUCACUUUAAGAGCACACGUUUGUCCUCUUAACUUCCGUUAACACCAGAAAGUAGACGAAUGCUACCUGAGAGUAUUUAGUAUUAUGAAGUUGAAGUUUUGCUCUUCUGAUUUUGCCAUUUUUAUACUUUCGAAGCAACUUUGUCUUCUCAAUGUUCUGAGGUCCAUUUGUACUGUAAACGACGAGGUUUGUUCUGAGUAUUCUGGUGGACCAGUAUAUUUCAUACACUGACAGAGCAAUUAUCGAAGUUAAGGUGGAUCAAACAGACUAUAAUAGUCUUUCCCAUACUACAUUAUCAGACUAUGAAAAAUUGUCUUUGUAAUAAUUGUUCAAGCUAGGGGUGGAACGGUUCACAAAUUCACGGUUGGGUUCAUAUCACGGUUUUUGGUUGGGUUGGGUUUUUAUUUAUGUUGCAGCGAGGAGGUCAUGUUCUCAUUUCAACAUGCUUUUCAUUUAUUUGGCAAAAAUAAGUUAACAAAUGUUUGCCUAAACAAAAUUAUGGCUUACAUAAGGAAGAGAGGGAACAUUAUAGCGCAGCUCCAGUAACGUUACAUUAAUCAUAUGCUGAAAUCCAGCGUCCUCCACGACUGCAUCAGGCUGCAUAUCUUUCACUAUAAACCUCCCCAAUGCUGUAGUUGUGUUUUUUACCCCGUCUGAGUCAGAGUCAGAGUCAGAGUCUGAGUCUGAGUCUGAGUCUGAGUCAGAGUCUGAAUGUAGAGGCUGUUCAAAUGCUGCGGGGAGAAGGAGAAGAGUUGCCGCUAGCAUAAACCACACGUGUUGCACAGUGCUCACACAGUCGCCGUUUUAUCCACCACUUUUUUCCGUCAUUUCCAUGGUAACACUAAAUCCGUAAUGCUCCCGUACAGCAGAGCCAAACGAUGCUGGUGGAUCCUCUAACUGGACUUUAUCGUGUCUACUCGCCAUUUCCUUAACUGACUGACAUCCGUGAAGGGGGCUGCGUCACGCUUCAUCAAAAAAUUGAGCCAAUAGCAACGCACGACCGCGGCUUCAGUUACACUGCGCAUGUGUUAAACCCCGUACCUCCAGACCCAUGUCUGCACGUGUCCCAGCCUCCUUCCAUAGGCCUUGAUUUGUAGUUUGACAAUAACUCUACAUGAAAAAAUACACAAUCGGCCGCAUAAUUUAUUUCAAAUGAACCAAACAAUUCAUACACGACCCGAACCGUGACUAGAGAACCGUGACUAGAGAACCGUGACUGGCAAACCGUUCCAUCCCUAGUUCAAGCACAUCUAAACCAAAAUGAUUCCUGUCAAACAAACUUUGUGCCAAACUGAUGAAAAAGAAAAUGCAGAUUAGAAACCAGACGUGGUUAGAAGGAUCAGCUUCAUUCAGGGGGGAAAAACAUUAACAGUUCCGGUCGUGUCUAGAAGGUAACCCUAGAAGGUCGGGGGAAUAGUUCAUGUUGGCCAUCGAUCUCCAACAGUGAGGGAGUCCCGCCAGAGUGUUUGCAGAUUUCAGAUGGGUUAUCUUCGAGACACGACCGCACGCCAUGAUGAUAACGCCAUUUUUGUUCAGGUCAUUUUGUGCUGUGUGUGAAUGUUAACGGUGGUCGACAGCGAUUACAGAUGGAAUAGUUACUGGAUAGUUUAUAUCACUUAGGAGCCUGAGGAAGUAAAAAUGGUUGGUGAAGGACUGAUGAUGAUGUCAAGCACACGCAAAAUGCUGAAUGUAGUUUUGAUUCUUUUGUUUGGAAAUUGCUCGAUUCAUUUGCAGAUGGUUCCGAUGUAAAGUCUCUGAGGACUUCAUGUGUAUCCUGAGAGAGUUGAGGUGUAUUAAUGAAUGUUACAUGCUGCAGCAGCAGCUCGGUUACGUUUCAUGAACGUGUUACAGAAUGCACUUCCUGUUACGGGCAGACAUUAUUUCUAUGCAAUGGACUUGAAGAGCAAAUAAAUGAUCAGACUUUUUAUUGAGA